GAUCAGUUCUCUUAGUUUUCUCUCUUAACCCUUUCCGCUAAGAAAGAGAUAGACCGUCUUCCAGUCCAAUGCUGCCGCAGUCCGCUCGAGCGCUUGCCAAGUCAUGCGCAUCCACACCGUUGCUUGGCCUGAAGCAAGCAUCCUUGUCCAGCUCCCACUCAUCCAAGUCCAUGCUCGGUGCCGUCUCUGUUGCUGCUGCUGCUUCGUUCACGACUACGACGACCGCUUCAAGGCCGCAGUUCUGGAGCUCGACUGCUGCUGCGACCGCCCCGAUGUCGCUUCUGAUGCAUCGGGCAUGCUCGUGCGCAUUCACUGCACCAGUGUCCACACCGGCGAUGCAUGCGGUGGCUGCUGGAACACGCCGACUCGCGUCGUCGACCGCUCCUCCUCCGCCGCCGCCAUCCUCGCCGACCAGCCAAGCGGCCGAACAAGCCGCUGCACACGGCGCCACCAGUGAAUCCAAGCCAACCCCCGUUGGGUCCAUCGACCCUUCCCAGGGCCGGUUUUUGAUCGCCUUCACAUGCAAGCCAUGCUCGCACCGUAACUCGAAAACCAUCUCCAAGCACUCGUAUCAGAAGGGCGUUGUGCUCAUCCGGUGCGAUGGGUGCAAGCAAAUACACUUGAUUGCAGACAAUCUCAACUGGUUCCAAACUGGCCACCGGAAUAUCGAGGAAAUUCUACGAGCGAAAGGGCAGACUGUGAUUCGCAACCCGGAAACUAUAUUACGCGACCACGGGCUGGACCUGGCUGCGCUGUCUUCGUCGACCGUGGAAAUCAACGGCAGUGCUGAUUCGAAAUAGCUCGUAGGCUGGACUGGACUGGACUUGGUGAGGAUGUGCUGGCACUGACUGUGUACAAAUAGACUGCGAGCCAAGUUUCUUGACAAACGCAAAAACGACGGAUUCAUAACCAGUAUUUGUAUUUAAUAACCGACAGUGUGACAAUG